ACAUGGCGACGCUGCCGGGCGGGGCCCACCCCGCCGGCGGCGCCGCGGCCGACCUCAUGCAGGUCGACGAGCCGCACGCCGCCGCCACCGCCGCCGCGGCUCCCGUGGUCGAGAAGCAUGGUGCUUCUAUUAUCCAAGGGAGCGAUCCAGUCACUGGUCACAUAAUCUCCACAACCAUUGGAGGGAAGAAUGGAGAGCCUAAACGGACUAUUAGCUACAUGGCAGAGCGAGUUGUUGGAACUGGAUCUUUUGGAAUUGUCUUCCAGGCAAAAUGUCUGGAGACAGGUGAGACUGUUGCCAUCAAGAAGGUUUUACAGGACAAGCGUUACAAGAACAGGGAGCUGCAAAUAAUGCGAUCGAUGGAACAUUGCAAUGUUGUCUGUUUGAAGCACUGCUUCUUCUCUACCACAAGCAGAGAUGAACUUUUCCUCAACCUGGUUAUGGAGUUUGUUCCCGAGUCAUUGUAUCGCGUUCUCAAGCAUUAUAGCAAUAUGAACCAGAGGAUGCCACUUAUAUAUGUCAAGCUAUACGUGUACCAGAUAUUUCGGGGUUUAGCGUACAUUCACAGUGUGCCUGGAGUUUGCCACAGGGAUAUCAAGCCUCAGAAUCUUUUGGUGGAUCCCCUGACUCACACGGUCAAAAUAUGUGAUUUUGGGAGCGCCAAAAUGUUGGUUAAAGGAGAAGCGAACAUAUCAUACAUAUGCUCACGUUAUUACCGUGCUCCUGAGCUGAUAUUUGGGGCAACAGAGUAUACAACAUCAAUUGAUAUAUGGUCAGCUGGAUGUGUUCUUGCUGAGUUGCUUCUUGGCCAGCCUCUAUUUCCUGGUGAAAGUGCAGUGGACCAACUUGUUGAGAUAAUUAAGGUUCUUGGUACUCCAACACGUGAGGAAAUCCGCUGUAUGAAUCCCAACUACACUGAAUUUAGAUUUCCUCAGAUAAAAGCUCAUCCGUGGCACAAGAUUUUCCACAAACGAAUGCCACCAGAAGCAAUAGACUUAGCAUCACGUCUUCUUCAGUAUUCACCCAAUCUACGAUGCACUGCUCUCGAAGCAUGUACACAUCCAUUCUUUGAUGAAUUACGGGAGCCCCAUGCAAAGUUGCCAAAUGGUCGCCCAUUCCCUCCACUCUUCAACUUCAAACAGGAACUAGCAAAUGCUUCACCAGACCUCAUCGGCAGGUUGAUACCAGAGCAUGCAAGGCGACAUUGUGGGUUCAAUUUCUCGCCUUCCACCGGACAGUAGGGAAGGCUGUACGAUAUUAUUUUACCUGGCACACUGCCAAGGCUUGUCUAUGCCAAAGGGCAACCUGCUUGUUAUCACAAAUUUAGAAUCUGACAACCCAUUAUUGGAAAGCCGAAGACAAGCCGGUGCCAUUGCGUUUGUACGAGGGGGGUAUGUAUUUGCCUAGCCAGCCCCUGAUGUAACAUUUAAUGCUUGAGCUCCUUUAUGUGGAGGCAAUGGUUGCAAGCUCAGGAUUAGCCAAGAACUGUGCGCAUGGGUGGAGAGAACUGGGAUGGUGUAUUGUUAAGCAGUUGAUGGGACUAGAGGAAAACCAUGUAUUGUAACUUCUCCAUGUUCAUUGGUGUAGUGCGCCUGUAAGUGUUUCACAUGUUCCAACCGUGAAUGUAGCUGUGUAAAUGUUCCUGACGGGAUGUCUCAGUCAUGAUGGUCUUGCUCAAAACCUUGUAUCGUCCCUCAAUUAAAAAAUGUAGGCUUAAGUAGCCAUGAAA